CGCAAGAUCCAUUUUUUGCCUUUUCAACGAGAUCUCCUCGCCACUCGGUGGGUUCACUGCCAGUGAAUCACUGGUGGCUAAGAAGAUAUCUCCUCCGUUUGUCUUCCUGUUCGUAUGUAGUGGUAUAUAUUUCCACCUCCAACGCUUUGCCGCCGCUGCAUUGCUCGCCAUUCUCGAAUUCACCGCGAUAUCCUCAAGUCCAGUCGUUCCAAGUUGAUAUCAAGUCAAGAUGCUGUCGGUGAAAGUCCUGGUUGCCGCAGUCUCGCUGGGGCUAGUGACGACGACCCCCAAUGUGUCCGCGACAAGUCUUCGAGUCCGGGUGCACACGAAAUCCACGGCCACGUGCGGCGAUGGUGAGCAAACCAUCGGAGUUGCUGGGUGGGACCACGAUGGCUGUGUCGCUACUGGCAACGUCUGUGUGGCUCAAGUGAGUGACGGUGACUGCCCCGAGGGAGCUUACUGUGCUCUACUAGACACGGGUGUCUACGGGUGCACGACUGGCGGUGACUACGACGAUUCGUGGGAUUCCCAGGAAACCACCUCGUACUGUGCGGACGGUGAACAAACGAUCGGUGUUGCUGGCUGGGACCACGAUGGCUGCGUUGCUACCGGCAAUGUCUGUGUGGCUCAAGUGAGCGACGGUGACUGCCCCGAAGGAGCCUACUGUGCUCUACUAGACACGGGCGUCUACGGGUGCACGGCCGGAUCCCCUGAAGACAUACAAUACGUCGACGAUGGAACUUGUGCUGACAACGAGCAGACUAUCGGCGUUGUGGGUUGGGAUCACGAUGGCUGCAUCGACUCCGACCGCGUUUGUGUUGCUCAGGUGAGUGACGGUGACUGUCCGAGUGGCGCGUACUGCUCGUUGCUCGAUACUGGCGUCUAUGGUUGCGUCGCCAGCGCUAAGAAGCACCACCACCACCAUCACCACCACCACAAGGAGCACCAAAAGAUGUCAUGCCCCAGCGGACAAGAGAGUAUUGGCGUCGCUGGCUGGAGCUCGGACGGGUGCGUCACUUCGGGUAACGUUUGUGUUGCCGAGACGUACGGUGACUGCCCGUCAGGAGCUCAUUGUGAAUGGCUCGACACUGGCGUUUACGGAUGCAAGGAUGGUGCUGAGGAAUCGACUCCUUGGGAGGGCUGCUCUAGUAAUGAACAAACUAUUGGAGUUGUGGGUUGGGACCACGAUGGCUGCAUCGAUUCCGACUACGUGUGUGUAGCGCAAGUAAGUGAUGGUCACUGUCCUAGUGGCGCGUAUUGUUCGCUGCUCGAUACUGGAGUCUACGGCUGCGUCGCCAGCGCUAAGAAGCACCACCAUCACCAUCACCACCACCACAAGGAGCACCAAAAGAUGUCAUGCCCCAGUGGACAGGAGAGUAUUGGCGUCGCUGGCUGGAGCUCGGACGGGUGCGUCACUUCGGGCAAUGUGUGCGUUGCCGAGACGUACGGUGACUGCCCGUCUGGAGCUCACUGCGAGUGGCUUGAUACGGGUGUUUACGGAUGCAAGGAUGGUGCUGAGGAAUCGACUCCUUGGGAGGGCUGCUCCAGCAAUGAAGAAACGAUCGGCGUUGUGGGAUGGGAUCACGAUGGCUGCAUCGACUCCGACCACGUCUGCGUGGCUCAAGUAAGUGACGGUGACUGUCCUAGUGGCGCGUACUGCUCGCUACUUGAUACGGGCGUGUACGGCUGCGUUGCCAGCUCCAAGAAGCUUCUCUGACUGGAGUGACUUUGAUGAAGGCACACCGUCUGGCCCUGUACUGACAGUUAGUUGUGGCCAAGGUAUAUCCGCCUGUGCUCUGCUCUUGCUGCACGUUGAAUACGAUGGCUGGCGGAGGUUGCCGCCCACCCAGUCAUAACGUUAAAUACACGUCUCGCCUUGUAUAAU